AUGAGUUUAAGGGUCGACCUCAAAGAUCUAGAGGAAGUAACAUCGAACGCGAAGCAAAUACAAGAUGAUGUAUUGAAGGAGAUACUCACACUUAACGCCAACACAGAGUAUCUCCACCGCUUCCUAAAUGGAAGCACUGAUAAAGAUUUGUUCAAGAAGAACGUACCGAUUGUGAGCUACGAUGAUGUCAAGCCUUAUAUCGAACGUGUUGCGAACGGAGAGCCCUCGGAUGUGAUUUCGGGCGGACCUAUAACUAGAUUCAUCGGAAGCUCUGGAACUUCAGGUGGGAAACAAAAGAUAUUUCCAAUGAACGAUAAGUUCACUGAGAAGCUGGGAUACCUUAUUGCUCUAUCCUCUCGUGUUAUUUCCAAGCAUUUCAAUGUUAACUUUUCUGAGAAAGGAAAGAAAAUGGGGUUUCUUUACAACAAAUUGAAUUCCACAACUCCCUCCGGAUUACUCUUUUCUUCGGGAUUUGCAACCUUUUUGAUGAGCGAUUACUUCAAAAACCGGCCAACAAAAUGUAAUUCAGAGUCAGAGUACACUAGCCCCGACCAAGUCAUAUUGUGCAUCGACAGCAACCAAAGUGUGUAUUGUCAUCUUCUAUGCGGCCUUUCUCAGAGAGACAAGGUAGUUGGAGUUACUGCUACCUUUGCUUAUGCCUUGGUCCAAGCAAUCAAUGCUCUUCAAAUUUACUGGACUGAAUUGUCAAGUAAUAUCCGAUCAGGUCAAGUUAGUGAGUGGAUCACUGACCUUGACUGCAAAAACGCUGUCUCGGCCAUUCUUGGGGGACCUAACCCUGAAUUGGCUGAUGUUAUCGAACAAGAAUGCAGCCACAAGUCAUGGGAAGGUAUCAUCACUCGACUUUGGCCCAAAGCAAAAUAUAUUGAAUGCAUUAUUACAGGGCAAAUGGCUCAAUACAUUCCAACAUUGGAUUUUUAUUCCAACAAACUUCCUAUAGUUUCCACGAUAUAUGGGUCUUCUGAAAGUGUGUUUGGGGCAAAUUUGAAUCCUUUAUCCAAACCACAAGAGGUAUCCUACACCAAUGUUCCCAACAUAUCCUACUUCGAGUUUCUACCAGCUGAUCAUGAGGGAGAUGUGAACAGCAUUGUUGACCUUGUGGACGUCAAGUUAGGGUGUUACUAUGAACCUGUGGUCACAAAUUAUUUUGGUCUACACAGAUAUCUUAUUGGUGAUAUUCUACAAGUGACUGGAUUUUACAAUGCCACACCUCAGUUCAGAUUUGUACGUAGAAAAAAUAUGGUUAUAAGCGUUGAUGUUGAAACAACAACUGAAGACGACAUUUUAAAGGCGUUGGCUCGUGCAGCCCUUGUUCUUGAGUCUUCAAGUUAUAUGUUGAUGAGCUUCACGUGCUAUGCUGACAUCUCCACUUGUCCAGGUCACUAUGUUUUUUAUUUGGAACUUAAAACUAAAGAUGGUAAGGAUGUUGUCGAACUUGAUGAGAAAGUAUUGGUAGAUUGUUGUUCUGCAUUAGAAGAAUCCUUUGAUGCUCUUUAUAGAAGAUUUAGGAAUCAAGGAAUAAUUGGAGCUUUAGAGAUAAGAGUGGUGCAACAAGGAACAUUCGAUUCUCUCAUGGAAUAUUUCAUCUCCAAAGGUGGUUCGGUUGCUCAGUACAAGACACCUAUGUGUAUCAGAUCUUCUGAAGCCUUGGCACUUCUUGAAAAUAAGGUUCUCGCUCGAUUCCACAGCAAAAAAUCUCCUCCUCUCGACUUAUAGUUCUUUGUGUUUUUAAGUGCUUUUAAUAAAGUUGUUAUAAUAACAUAAAUGAGUAUCAAUAUUUGGAAACUUUGGAGAAACAUUUUGACAAUGCGUUCUUCUUCUUAUCAA